AUGGUUCAAAUAACGAAAUCAUGCAAAGAAUUAAAGCGUGUUGGCAUUCUAACAGAGUGUGGACGAUUUAAUAUCAAUAUUAAUGGUCGAAUAAUCAAAACAAAGAAGUCAUCUGCAGUUUGUUUUUCAGAUUUAAUCCAAGAAAAAUUUUUAAUUAAUAAAUCGAUGUCAUCAUAUGAAGUAAAUCUAGAUCUCAAAUGUGAAGAUUCAAUUGAUAUACUUUCAGAGUUUCUUGAAACAGGAAAACUUGACUUUGAAGAAGAUGAAUCACAUUAUCAUGAUAUAUUUGAAAUUGGAAAACAUUUUGGAAAUCAAUUAUUCAUACAAUUAUAUACAAAACAUGUUAAAUUAGACAAAUCUAUUACAAAAGAAAACGUUUUUGAAUAG